AUGCAAGAGGAAGACCCCGGUGCGACGCCGUGGGAAGUGCCCCAGGAGAAAUCGACCGAGGAGAUCUUGCAAGAGACGCUCAAGAAGGAGGCCGCGAUUCAGGAUGUUAUCGGGCUUCAGAGACGGCUAAAAGAAAUUAUGGACGAAAUUGACCGUACGGAAAAGACCAACGACAAGCUGGAGAAGGAGAAUGAGAUGCUGCACGUUUACGAGAACAACCUGUAA